UCUAUCCAGAUUUAUCUAUCCUCAAAUGUACAUCAGCCAAGGACUCACAUUUGCUCGAGCUUUACCCAAUCAAGGAGAUUGUUGGUUACUCUGGGAAAAGUGGAGUGCCCAGGAAGCUAAGUAUCUGAAUUUUCACAAGCAUUGUUCAGACACAGCAAUGGAAGAGAAAACAGAUCUUAGUUUGGAGGAAGAAUUUGAAACCCCAGAGGCUAUACAUACAGGACCUAAAGGGGUGAUAAAUGACUGGCGGAAGUUUAAAUUGGAAGGUAAAGAUAGAGAUGCCCUUCCACUAAGCAAGAAAGAGAUCCUCAUCAGACAAAUGUCUUCGCCUCAUCGGGCUCACAGUAAAGAUGAUAAAGACACCAGAGAGCGAUUCAGUCGCAAGAUGAGUAUGCAGGAGUAUGAGAUCAUUAAUGAUGAUAAAGAAGAUGAAAGUUGCCUACGGAAAUACCGCAAGCGAUGUAUGCAGGACAUGCACCAGCGGCUGAGUUUUGGGCCCAAAUAUGGUUUCCUUUCUGAGCUGCAGAAUGGGGAACAAUUUCUGGAAGCUGUUGAGAAAGAGCGGAAAACCACAACCGUCAUUGUCCACAUAUAUGAAGAUGAUGUCAAGGGCUGUGAACCACUCAACAAUAGUUUGACAUGCCUUGCUGCUGAAUACUCCACUGUGAAAUUUUGCAAGAUUAAAGCUUCCAACACAGGAGCUGGAGAUCGUUUCUCCACUGAUGUUCUCCCAACACUUCUUGUAUACAGAGCUGGGGAGCUCGUAAGCAAUUUCAUUAGUGUAACUGAGCAGUUUAAUGAAGAGUUUUUUGCUGUAGAUGUAGAAACGUUUCUGAAUGAGUAUGGGCUACUGCCUGAGAAGGAGAUCCCAGCACUUGGGAAUGGUAACACAGGAGAACAAGAAGUUGAAUAGAUGACAAGGUAUCAGGUCCUUGCUCAGUACCUAUUGCAAUUGGAUUGCACCUGGACCCAUUUACAGUAGUUAAAUCUGCAAGUACUUAUGCUAUGUAUGUAAACAGAGGUGUAGUGGCUGCUGGAGGGAGUGAGAUUUCCCCUGUAUGCAAGCAGUAUACACAAUUAAUUUAAUUGAAAAAAUGAAUGACAAUGCAUUCUUUCAGGGGUCCAGAUGUAAGUCUGAUAGAGAUAAAUAGGAUUUCCCUCCAGGCAAAUGUCAAUAAGAUUGCAUCCAUAACGAGCAGCUUCUAAAUAUACCUGUUCAUAUCACACCAAAGGUAAUAGGAAUGUACAAAUACUGUGACUAUAAAAUUAGUGAAGGAUGUUCUGACCACAUUGAUGUACAUUGUCAAAUGUGCAGAUCCACAAAUCAUGGUCUGGUACACCAAAUUUAUCUUUUUGACUUCGCAUUUAUUUUAAUUUCUAGAAAAUGCUUUAAAAAGAAAAGAAGGAGAGUAAAGGCUCCAUAGGUAGUGGGCUCAAAAUAAAAAAAAACAUAGAAUUAAAUUGUAAGGGGGCAUGGUAGGAUACUUCAGAGUGCCACAUACAUUUAGCUGGUCCUUAUGUAGUUGUCUUCAGGAGGCACAAUAAGAAGCUGGCCAAAUCCAUUGGGGGUAGAAACUGGAGUGUAUCUAGCCCUACAGAGGCACCUAGGGAAUCAUUGCAGACCCUCUGUAAUGACCAGAAAAAUUGGUGAUAGUAAUCAAAAAGACUUAGAAAAGAACCGAGGAACCUGUGGUUUUCCAGAUGGAAGAUUAUUCUUUAUUGUCCAUGCUUCACAAAGCUGAUUGGAACUGGAGGCCAGGAAUGCCUACAAGUUCAAAGGUUCUCCAACUCUAACUUCAAAGACGCAAUUAAAUGAAGAUUUGUACACCUGGGGAUAAAGGGACCUUCAAGGUAAUUGGCUGGAAUUAAGGACAAAAAGGAGGUUGCCUCAUGAGAACUACAUAUUGAGGAGAGCUCUAUAGCCAAGUAGACACUCAGGGUUCAAGGACAAUUAUUAUAUAGAUGAGACUGUUCUGUACUACAUGAAACAAGUAGAUGAUGGUAAAAAUCAGGAUUAAAGAGGAGUCCGGUUGAGUAAUCUUCAAUCCAGUUGAGAAUUCAACUGGCCUGAAGAGUUUAAAAGAACUGAAAAGCUACAUAUGAACUGAGUUAUGGGUUUUCUGGAAACGAGUAGACAUUUUGGCCUCAUUUUGUCUAUAAAGUUCUCAAAACAACAUACCAUUGGAGCACUAUAACAUUGGUUUUUAAAAAUUAUCAAAUAGGAUAUGUUGAAUAGGAAAUAAUUGCUUGGUGGAACACUUGUUUGGAUAUAUUACAUUACUGAAAUCUAAUUGGGUAACAGAUAUUUGAAAAGCCAUAUAAAAAGUGUAGGACAGGUUUUAAAGCUCACGUCCAACAUUUAAUAAUUGUGAAUAUAGAGAAAACAGAUUAUUCUUGUAAGAGAUAUAAAGAAUGUACAGAUACAGUUAAGAAUCAUUUCUGUAUUUGAUAUUAUUAUAUAGUGUUGCAUGUUACAUUAAUACUGGUAUUUGCUAAAAAUACAUUAAGAAAUGUUUAAAAUCUGUGCUGAUAUCAUUAAUAAA